UCAAAGUUUCCAAAAAAGUUUUGUAACUUUAGAAUCUAAUCUAAACUUUAGAUUUGUUUUUAUUUUACUCGGUACAAUAUAUGUAUGAGCCGUGGUCAUAGUUGAUGGCCUUCGAUUAACAUAUUUCUCAACUUUGUUAUACACAGCCUACGAUGUCAGAAGUUUAAUGAGAUAUUGUUGACUCGUCGUAGGCGUGACUUUCAUAACCACAAGGUUCUCAAAUGCUUCUAUUUGCUGAUAAUCAAAUAAAAUCUUAGUGUAUAUUUUUGUUAAGUUGUGGUGUGUAAAGAAAAACUUCCUGUGUACUUAAUUAAUUAUAUAACACAGACGUUACAAACGCUUACGCUAAUAGCUAUACCUCCUUUUAAAGUGGUCAAUAUUUUAUCAGGUACUAGUAAUUCUAAUUGAUUAGUAUUUUGCUCUGUGUGUGUAAGUGUUAGGUAAUUUAGAAGUGAAUUAGUGUGCUGAAGUGACCCAAAAUGCCGCGCAAAUUACUCAAGUUCCUCAUAGUAUUUGAUAACACUUCAUUGUUAUAUUUUCCUGGGCAAUUCUUGUCUGGGAAAGUUUUAAUGGAAUUGCAAGAUGACACACCGGUGUUAGGUCUUCACUUCCAUGUGAUUGGUGAGGGUGUUGUGCGAGUUGGGUCAGGCAGACACGAAAGGCUAUUUGAUAAAGAAAACUACAUAGAUUUCAGAAUGAGACUACUUGGAGAACCAGGUCACAGCACGUCAGUCCUAUCGCCUGGUAUACACAGCUUUCCAUUCAAGCUGGGCCUGCCGAUGGGUCUGCCUUCCACGUUCCUCGGUACUCAUGGUUGGGUCCAGUACUACUGCAAGGCAGCGCUUAGGGAACCCAAUGGCCUCACACACAAGAACCAACAAGUCUUCAUUGUGAUGAACCCCAUCGACCUCAAUUUGGAACCACCGGUUUUGUCUCAACAGUUCGAAUGUAGCGUAGAACAUAGGCUAGGAGUCGGGUGCGUGGGCGGUGGCACGGUAUCCUGUGCUGUGUCACUCGACCGCGGGGCCUAUGUUCCGGGGGAGAGCAUCAUGCUCACUGCUACACUUGUCAACAACUCUAGGACUACAAUCAAAGCCACUAGGGCUGCUCUUACUGAGACGAUCCAGUACUCGGCCCACGGCAAGGUGGCUGCGAAGGAGGUACGAGAGCUAGCAUCACUGUCGCACGGCAAGACUCGGGCUGGGGACAGCGACGUGUGGCGCCACGAGCUCCUGUACGUACCCCCGCUGCCCCCCACCAACCUGCGCGGGUGCCAUCUCAUCUCGGUGCAGUACGAUGUCUUUUUCAUAAUCGAGCCGAAGAGUUUGGAGAAGGAAGUAAAGCUUCAGCUCCCGAUCCUGAUAGGUACGUAUCCGUUCCGCGAAGAAUCCGAUGAGCCGCAGCCCCCCACGCACUACCCCAGUACGCUGCCCAUCUUCCGCGCCUGGCUACACGAUAAACCAGCACACUGACUUAUUUAGACAGAUACUUUACUGCAUUACAGGAUAUAACGCGCAUAUAACUUUUUUAUUUCUUUUUGUUAAUCGAGAAGAAGGAUUCAAACUGUCGGCCACAUGGAAUUCAGUGAUUGCAAAUAAACAAUAUCACGAUUAUGAGUCGACUAAAAAAUCGGACACCCGG